AUGCCGCAAUGGUACAAGCAGAUUAACCCGCGUGAGACAGUGCCGACACUGGAGGUCGGCAAUGCGGAGAAACAGUUUGUGUUCGAGUCGAUGCUGAUCGCGCAGUACCUGGACAACAGUGGCGCGCCCGCGGGUGCGCUGAUGGGUGCCUCGGCAGCGCAGCGACACCAGAUCGAGUUCUUCCUCGCUCAGGUCGGCGAUUUCAUAAGCGCUGCGCACGGACUGCUUUGCGACCCGCUGAGUGGUGAGAAGCGCAAGGCCGUGGAUGACAACGCGGCGUACGUGGACGGACUGCUCGCGGCUAACCAGACGACGGGGCCAUACUACUGCGAUGGCGAGUUCACGAUGGCGGACGUUGCGCUUGCGCCGUUCCUGGUGCGGCUGAAACCUGCUCUGAUGUACUACGCCGGGUACGAUGUGUUCUGCAAGGCGCCACGGAUGAAGGCGCUGUGGGCCGCAGCUGCUCAGCGCGCUUCUGUGCGUGAUACGUCGCCGACGGCGGCGCAGUGCAUCGAGAACUACCGCCACCUGGUGCCAGAGAGCGCGCCAAUGAUGGGCGCAAAUGGUGGAUAUGUGCUGUACAGCAAUCGUUUCUGUCCUUUUGUGGACCGUGCGCGCCUCGCGUGUGAGCUGCGCAAGUUCCCAGUGCACGUGGUGGAGGUGCCGCUGCAUCCACAGCCGGAGUGGUACAAAUAUAUCAAUCCCCGCGAUACGGUGCCUGCGCUGUUUACGCCGAGCGGAGAAGCUGUACACGAGUCGCAGCUGAUUGUUCAGUACAUCGACCGCGUGGCGACGGAGGGUACUGUGCUGCUGCCGCGUGAGGAUGCGGUGAAGGAGUACGAGGUGGGCUUCUUCGUGGAAAACGCUGGAUAUUUCGUUGGAAGACUGAUGUCGUGGGUCUUUCGUGGUGGCGAGGAUGCAAAGGCUGAGGUUCAGUGGGCUGCGGGCGAGCUCGAGCAGCACCUGGCGAAGCACCCGUUUGGUGAGGGCCCCUUCUUCGGCGGCAAGAGGAUGAACGCUGGCGAUGUGGCCAUUCUGCCUUUCCUGGUCCGUGCAAAGGCGUAUAUUCCGGAGUUUAGUGGUGGGUACGAUCUCUUUGUCCACUUUCCGCUGCUGAAUGGGCUGGUAGAGGCUGGUAUGGCGACACCGGAGGGGAAGGCGGUGCUUUGUACACUGGAGGAGUACAAGGAGCACAUCCGUGAGCGUCAACGGAGGGUCCAGGGUGGGUAA